AUGGCACCCGUCGAAACGGAGUACUAUGACCUGCUCUGUGUGCCGACGGAUGUCAAUGAUACCGAUCUAAAGAAGGCUUACCGAAAGCAGGCCAUCAAGUAUCACCCGGACAAAAACCGAUCACCAGAUGCUGAGGAGAAGUUCAAGGAUAUCAGCAAGGCAUAUCAGGUGCUCUCUGAUCCCAACUUGCGUACCGUCUACGACAAGAACGGCGCGAAGAUGCUCGACAAGGAGGGCGGGGUAGGCAUGGAGGACGCGGCAGGCUUCUUCGCGAACGUAUUCGGUGGAGAGCGUUUCAACGACUACAUCGGCGAGAUCUCGCUCAUGAAGGAGAUGACGUCCGUCGCGACGACGAUGAUGACGGAAGAGGAGAAGGCAGAGAUGGAGAAGGAUAUGAACGAGGCUGCCGGCAACCCAGCAUCCGUUCAAGCGACGCCUGCCUCCUCCGGUGCUGCCACCCCCGCUGUCCCACAACCGCAAGGCGGCGCAAUGCCGACGAAUGGGCAUAGUGCGACCGUGUCGCCCGCUCCCGGCUCCACCACGGAGCCCGAAGCGUCGAAGAGCCCUACAUCGUCCCAGCUGAACCUGAAAGACCAGCGCGACAGGGACACACACAACAAGAAGAGGUCGAAGCUCACGCCAGAGCAGAAGAAGAAGCUGCAGGAGAUUGACGACGAGCGCAGGAAAAAUAUGCAGGAGCGAGUGUCCACGUUGAGCACGAAACUGAUCGAGCGGCUGCGUCCGUUCGUGGAUGCCAAACGACCCGGUGACAAGGACGAUCCUGAGACGCAAGCCUUUGAGGACAAGAUGCGGAGAGAAGCCGAAGAUAUGAAGCUUGAGAGCUUUGGGGUUGAGCUUCUGCAUACAAUCGGCAACGUGUAUAUAAUGAAAGCAACCUCGUUCCUCAAGUCUCGGAAAUUUCUUGGAAUUCCAGGAUUUUUCUCUCGGCUCAAGGAGAAGGGUGCGGUUGCUAAAGAUGCCUGGGGUGUCAUUGGCAGCGCCAUCGGUGUUCAGCAGGUGAUGCAGGAGAUGGAGAAACUUCAAGCGAGAGGCGAAUUGCGCGAGGAGGAGCUCCGUGCGCUCGAGGAGGAUGUCACAGGGAAGAUCAUGCUAGCGUCGUGGCGGGGCACGCGCUUUGAGGUCACUCAGGUGCUACGAGAGGUUGUAGACAAUGUGUUGAAAGACCCUAAAGCGUCUGACGUUGUGCUGUACAAUAGAGCAAAGGGGUUACUCCUAGCAGGAGCUAUCUUCAAGUCAACAGUACCGGACGAGUCCGAUGAGGACCGCAGGGAACUCGAACGUAUGGUUGCAGAGGCAGCUGCGGGUAAAUCGAAACACCAACAGCUGCAGGCACAGGCGCGCGCCGCCGCAAGGGCCAAACGGCAUGCAGAGGCAGCCGCACAGGGAGCAUCGACUCCGAAGGAGAGGGAGAACAUCGGGUUGAACGAGAAGGCGGAUGCUGCGCAGGAGGCUGCAAGUUAG